AUGGAGUGAUGGAUGGAAAAGAGGGAGGUAGGAAUGAAGGAGGGGUGAUAGAUGGUAUGAUGGGUGGAUGGAUGGAUGGAUGAGAAAGGAACCCAAAGUGAACAAAAACAGUAAACUGACUCAUUACUCGUUCUCCAUGAACCCUGUUCCCCUCCAUAUUCGUGUCUGGCUUCUUCAGAGUCCCUCUAUCAGGCGCGCACACACGGAGCGCUCGCGCGCACACGCGCUCGAGCGCGCAUCACUGCUCAUUUGGGCUUCAGACUCUGAAAUGAGGAGAGCGCAGCAGUGAUGCUCUGAGGAAACUUUUCGCGGGUUGUUUAUUUUUUUUUCUUUCCGUGUUUUAACGUCAGAACGUGAAACGGACCAGAAUCUGUGUUCGGCGGGAUGGAUGCUCUGGGGUCUGGGUUUCCUCUCUGGAAAGUUCUGCUUCUCCUCCUGAUUCUCCUCCAGAGCGGCCGGAGCUCCCUCCUGGACUGUCAUCCCUCCUGCUCCUGCACCUCCUCGGAGAUCCUCUGCAACAGGCCGGACAGCAGCAAGCAGUUCCCCAUGCCGUCCUUCCACGGCCCCAGCGGCGCGGGGAACCUGAGCGUCGGCGAGGAGGACCUGCUGGAGAACAUCACCUCCAUACACAUAGAGAACUGGACUGGUCUGGAGAUGCUGAGAGAUGUAGAUAUGGAGCUUUAUCCAGGCUUACAGCGACUGACAAUUACACGGAGCGGAUUGAAAUUCAUCCAGGCUCGGGUUUUCUCCAGCAAUCCUUACCUGGAGUACAUAGACUUCUCCAGGAACCCCCGACUGAAGACGCUGUCAUGGCAAAGCUUUGCAUAUCUUCAGCUUACAGAGCUACAUUUGGAGGAGGUGAUGUUUUCCUGCGGCUGUGGCAUCCGCUGGCUGCAGCUAUGGCAACAGAGAGGACAGGCGGAGCUUAGCGGCCAACAGUUGUACUGUACCUUUAAUGACACAAGAAUAUUGCUUCAGGACAUGAAUGUCAGCGACUGCGAGCUGCCAGUGGCCAGAGUCAGCAGCAGCAACAUAACAGUGGCUGAAGGAGAUGAUGUGACUGCCAUCUGUAAUGGCUCUGGGUCCCCGCUGCCGAAAAUGGACUGGCCUGUCAACGGUUUGCACUCCAUCAAUACGCAGGAGGACAAAGUCUACAAAAAUGGCAUCCAGUCCAUCAUCAUCAAACUGGUCAACAUGAGCAGAGACGACAACAACUUCAUGCUGAACUGCACCGCCACCAAUGAAGUGGGCAUGAGCAACGCUACAAUUCAGCUAACUGUUUUAUUUCCACCUUCUAUUGUGAACCUGAUGAAGCCGGAGCGUCUCCAUGACACUUGCAUCGAGUUCACUGUGCGAGGUUUCCCCCACCCAACUCUAAAAUGGUUCCACAAUAACCAGGAAAUUUACCACACAGAGUAUGUGCGCACCGACAUGGACAUUUACCGGGAUAACAUAGAGGGAUGCCUCACUUUCAAAAACCCAACUCACCACAAUAAUGGCAUCUACACUUUGAUGGCAACCAACCAGCUGGGCGUGGCCAACAGGUCCGUGUACGGCUUCUUCAUGGAAGAUCCCCCCACGGAUCCUCCUUUCUUUACAUCUCCUGGUUCUUCAAGUGGUCCAGUUUCUGAGAGCCAAGAACCCAAAGAAGAUCCUUUCAGGGUGUCUGUGGCUGUCGGAGUGGCAGGGUUCGCCUGUGUGAUGCUGACGGUCUUCUUUCUCCUCAUCAAGUAUCGAAGACGAUCAAAGUUCAGCAUGAAAGGUCCAGCAGCAGGAAUGAGUGGUGAAGACUCUGCCAGCCCCCUCCAUCAUGUCAAUCAUGGGAUCGUCAGCCCCUGCAUGGUGGAUCUCAGUUCUGAUGCUGUGGCGAUCGGAAUGAGCAGGAUCCCUGUUAUAGAAAACCCGCAGUACUUCAAACACGGACACAACUGCAGCAAACCAACCACCUAUGUUCAGCAUAUCAAACAGAGGGACAUCAUUUUGAAGAGAGAGCUUGGAGAAGGAGCCUUUGGGAAGGUCUUUCUCGCCGAAUGUUACAACCUCAGUCCUACUAAGGACAAGAUGCUGGUGGCUGUGAAGACUCUGAAGGACCCCACAAUUGCAGCAAGGAAGGAUUUCCAGCGUGAGGCGGAGCUACUGACCAACCUCCAGCAUGAACACAUAGUGAAGUUCUACGGAGUAUGUGUGGAUGGAGACCCCCUCAUCAUGGUGUUUGAGUACAUGAAGCACGGGGACCUCAAUAAGUUUCUCAGAGCCCACGGGCCAGACGCCAUGAUCCUGGUGGACGGGGAGUCUCUGCAGACCAACGGGGAGCUGGGCCUGUCCCAGAUGCUGCACAUCGGCAGUCAGAUCGCCAGCGGCAUGAUCUACUUGGCGUCCCAGCACUUUGUGCACCGUGAUCUGGCGACCAGGAACUGCUUGGUGGGGAACGGCCUGCUGGUGAAAAUCGGAGACUUUGGGAUGUCCAGAGACAUUUACAGCACCGACUAUUACAGGGUGGGCGGCCACACCAUGCUACCCAUCCGCUGGAUGCCGCCGGAGAGCAUCAUGUACAGGAAGUUCACCACAGAGAGCGACGUGUGGAGCUUUGGAGUCAUCCUGUGGGAAAUCUUCACUUAUGGCAAACAGCCGUGGUUUCAUCUUUCCAACAAUGAGGUGAUCGAGUGCAUCACUCAGGGCAGAGUUCUGGAGCGGCCCAGACUCUGUCCCAAAGAGGUCUAUGACAUGAUGCUGGGCUGCUGGCAGAGGGAACCACAGCAGCGGCUCAACAUUAAAGACAUCCAGAAGAUGCUGAUUGCUCUGAUGAAAUCCACUCCGGUCUACCUGGAUAUACUAGGAUGACAGCAGCGGACGAGGCGUCGGGAUUUUAACCUGUCAGACUGACCCUCCAGUGAGACGGAGACUCUCUACAACCACACAGAACGGCAGUUAUUUAUUUUAUGACACAAGACUUAUUUACAUGGAUUCCUAGUUUUUGUUUGUAUGUUGGUUUGUUUUCUGUGUGCACAUGUUCAAACAUUUUCAGAUUCCUGCAGAAUUUCUUUUUAAACGACGCAUACAUUCCUUGUUUUUCUCUCAUCCAUUCAUAAACUACUGGUUUAAAUCCAGAAAAAUUUAGAAGAAGAAAUGUGGUAGCUGGAAACUUGUAUUUUCUGUUAAAAGGUUGAAACUGGGCUCCAGCACUAAAAGAGACCUAGAGACUCAAAUUCCUCAAAUGAAUGGCCUAAAGCGGAAUUAGUCUAAAGAAGUUAAACAGCAAACAGCUGGAAGACAACUAACCAAAGAAAAACAGAAGAAAGAUGUCCAAAGAAACUUUAAUUUGUUGGAAAAAACGAAUACUGUAGAUUUUGAAAAGCUGAGUUCAGUGGAAGGAGGUUGUGGAUUUGUGUCUUUGUUGUUGCUUGUUUGCAGUUCAAUCUGUCCACAAAUGGCCUGAGUGUUAGAGCUGCCUCAUAGCUUCAUUGAGUCUUCUGCCUCAAGAGCUCUCUCUCCAUGCUAGCAGAGGUUCAGGAGGUUCAUGAGGAAGUGUCAGAGCAGAGCUGAAGCAGAGCCUGUCAGUCUAAAGACUUUCUGUUACCGGCCGUCAUCUCUCCCUGUCUGGCUCUUCCUGUUUACAAUUCUGCCCUCUGCUGGACCCUUGGACUCUCUGACGACCUGGACACUCGUCAGAGGCCGCAGGUGUAAAUAGAAGAAUUUCUGAUCCUAGACUAAAGCCAUAGUUUCAACUGCCCUUACAGGUGGAUUUGAGCUUUCUGCAGGUGGAAAAUGACAAACCCGUACAGGGCGGAGUGAGUCUGUAUCCCUUUUGGGGCCACAGGGUUGCCGGAGCCUGUUGGGCCAAGGCAGAGUACACCCUAGACAGGUCGCCACUCUAUCGCAGGGCACACGAAAAUGUUGAAACAGAUUUUUUUCUAUGGGCACGCUGCAGGCAACAGGCCGUAGUGAAUACUUAAAAAUAAAAAUUUUCAUUGUUUUGACCCUCCAAA